UUCCAGCCUACAUAUUAGUCCAUUCAUGACUAUCCUACACAACUACUGAGACAAGACUCCGGCACAGACGCAGAGAGAGACAGUCAUGGCUUCUCUGGACUCAGACGUGACUAUGGUUCCCGCAGGCGAGGGUUCGUCCGGCGCUGGACCGUCUUCUUCAACCGCUGUAACAACCUUAUCCAAGAAGUCUAAGCGAUUCGAGAUCAAAAAGUGGAACGCUGUCGCUCUUUGGGCUUGGGAUAUUGUCGUGGAUAACUGUGCGAUUUGCAGGAACCAUAUCAUGGAUCUCUGCAUCGAGUGCCAAGCUAACCAAGCGAGUGCCACCAGCGAGGAAUGUACUGUUGCUUGGGGGGUCUGCAACCAUGCAUUUCACUUCCACUGCAUCAGCAGAUGGCUCAAGACUCGUCAAGUUUGUCCGCUAGAUAACAGCGAGUGGGAAUUUCAGAAGUAUGGUCACUAAAACCACUGUGCAUUUCAAGAACUGGACUGCCUCUAUAUUUCAGCUGUACUGAUUUCAAGUGGAAAACUUGAACCCAUAUCUCUUUCUAUAUGCCUUCUAGUAUUUUCUGUAUUCAAAUAUUUUGUCCAGAAGAUCGACGAGGAACAAUUUUUACGUGCAACCUGGACUUAUGAUUGAAUGUGCACUCAGUACAAGUGUUAGUUUCUUGAUCUUUUGUUUAGGAACAUUGUUCAUUAAUCAGUAUAUUUUCCCACAUUUUUUUUUUGUGGGUAACGACACUUGUUA